CUCUUGAGCCAGCCGGAGGAGGAGGAGGCGCGGCGACUUGUGGGGAAGCCGGAUUGCUGGAGACGAUGCGAGAGAGUGAGACACUCCAGCGGGUCAGUCAGUUUCAGCGUUCUCGCCUGAGCAGCUGCCAUCGUGUGGCAUCUCACGGAGUUGAGUCUCGGUUCCAGCUUUUAUUUUUGUGCUCAAAAAAAAUCAAAGUCUUUUGCGUGGUUCUCCCUCAAUCUCUGACGUGGUGAUUUUUUUCUGAUAAAUCUGAAAAUUAUUUGACUAACAAUUUUUCCUGGGAUGAAGUGAGUGGAAUUUAAAGCAACUUUCGACUCUAGUGUAUACUUAAAUUUACUUAAUUUCCACUGAGGUAUUAAAUGUGUGCAAGAAUUGAACAGCAAUUAACAUAAGCAACGCCUUUCGCAGUUUUUAUCUCAAGACGGUGGAUUUUUUUCUCCAACGUGAAGCACUAUAGCAAAUAUUUGAUUUUGACGGUAACACCAUCUUCCCAUGUGUUCAAUCGGAGUUUAGUGUGAUUAUCAAAUGAUCAGCAAUUCCUGAACUGUUGUGGAUUAAGUUUCUGUGUCUAGUGCAGAUUUUUAUUGAGUUACACUCUUUUGGUUGUUAACGGUGAAAAUAAUCUUCACAAGGCGAGUGAAUUACAAGAAAUUGUGUACAACUGUUUAGUGGGCGAAAAGCCGUACCAAGUGCAGUAAUUGUUCCAGCAAUGAAAAUAUAAAUGACACAAAAACUACUAAGAGAAUGUUGGUCGUGCACUGGUCUAUUUUCACAUUGACUCUGCAAUUGACUUACUGUGCGUCCAUUCAUUCACAUGUUGAGCCUGUGCCAGCAACGGCAGAAUCCAUCUGCAGUGAGUUGCCGGAGACAUCUCUGCAGGAGGAUGGGGUGGAAUCCAGUCUUACGUUGGAACUAAAGCCACAUAUGAUUCGGGGGUCGUGCAAGAGGAUCUUCCUGGCGCCAGAAUCUCAUGGAUUCUUCGUGCGUCUCCAUCGGCCGACGACGGGCAAAAAGUUCUCCUUCACCAAUAAGAAUCUUAGCAGUGGCUUGAAGAUGCGCACCACAAAUUCCACCACGGAAUCCUGCCCAUUAACCAUUUUCUUCUCAAAUGACCAACGAAUCCCUCCAUGGCGUAUCGAUCCUUGCCAACUGGAAGCGAAUGGAGGUACGGAGGAGCCUGUUCGCCUACUCCAGGGACGCCUCAGAAUUGUCUGGCAGCAUGGUGGAAAUAUGCCGAACUAUCGUCUUCUGCUGACAGCCUUUGGCAAGGGCGAGCUGUGCAAGCAGGAGAGGAAACAUCCUUGCCUCAGAGUUGGUCACGAGACCCUCUUCUGUAUCAGCGAAGAUCUCACCUGCGAUGGCGUACAGCACUGUCCAUCCGGCAAUGAAUACGACAGUGAUGAAAGUGCUGAGCUCUGCUCGGGAAAUCAGAAACCACCUCUGGUGCCUAGAGUGCAAAUGCAUCUCUGGGAGCACUUGUCGAUGCAGAUGUUCAGGGAAAUUUUUUCACAAGACUCAACGUCCACUUCAACGACGCUUCCGCCACCAAUGGAAGAGCCCGAAUCCACUCUGGCGCCCACAAGCACCAGGAAGAGUCUCACGAGGGGUCUAUCUCGAUAUGGUCCCUGGGGCUACUUAAUGCUAGGAAUGCUUCUCUGCGGGGGAGCCCUACUCAUCUGUGGUCUUUGGGAGUGCUGCUGCCGUCAGACAAAACCAGCCACUCCGGGAAGUGGAAGUGGUGAUGGUCACACGGGGGAAUCAUUCUCAGAUAGUCCAGCAACUGGAUCCACUCAGUCAGAUGUCACACCCCCAAAUUAUGACGAGAUUGAUCCACCGCCAUCGUAUUCAACCCUCUUUCCCGGCUUCAAAGCUACCAACAGCGAUUCCACAACAGCAACUGAUAGCAAUAGUCCUGCCACGGCCCCAACGGCCGUCUAAGGGGGGAGUCAUUUAUCUCACAGGAGAGCGCCCCACGUGCCGUAAAUGGAGCGCAAAGUCACACCAUUUAGGUGACGAAAUUAACGCAAUUCCACUAAUUUUCUCUUCUUUUUUUUUACUACGCAGAAACUAAAUAUAAUACACUAACUAAAAAUAAAUGUGAUAUAGUUGAUAAUGUGUAAUGACUAAGCAAAUAAUUUUUCUCGUGUAUGAAGAAUAAACUAUUGUAAAUAAGCUUUAUUGUUAUGGAUUAAAAAAAAACGAUGGAAGGAACAAUAAAUGAUUGAAGCUUUAAAAA